AUGAACAUGACCACGCGGCUGUUGUUGUUAACGGCUACGCUGGCCAGCGUCUCUGCGUUCUCAGUAAACUUGAGACAAAAUCCAGAGACACUCUGCAUCGGCCAAGUAAACUUCCUACGAAUCGCUGACGUUAACAGUUGCUUGCACUACUAUCAAUGCUACUCCGAUCGUGCGUACCUUAUACAAUGUCCGCCGGAGACUUGGUUUAAUGAAGAAGAGCAGAUUUGUGAUAGAUCUGCGGCACCGGAAAAUUGUCAAAUAGAAGAAUAUGAACCAGAGCCAGAGCCAGAAGUUGACCCUGAUCAAGAAGAACAGACUCCUGAAGAGGAACUAGAGCCUGAAGGGGAACAGGACCCUGAAGGGGAACAGGUGCCAGAUGGAGAACCGGAACCUGAAGAAGAACAGAGUCCUGAAGAGGAACUAGAGCCUGAAGAGGAACAAGAUCCUGAUGUGGAACAGGUACCCGAAGAAGAACAGAAUCCAGAAGAGGAACUAGAGCCUGAAGGUGAACAAGAUCCUGAAGGUGAACAAGAUCCUGAAGGUGAACAAGAUCCUGAAGAGGAACAGGUACCUGAAGAAGAACCAAAUCCUGAAGAGGAACUAGAGCCUGAAGGGGAACAGAACCCUGAUGAGGAACAGGUACCUGAAGAAGAACAGAAUCCUGAAGAGGAACUAGAUCCUGAAGGAGAACAGGAUCCUGAUGUGGAACAGGUACCUGAAGAAGAACAAAAUCCUGAAGAGGAACUAGAGCCUGAAGGGGAACAGAACCUUGAUGGUGAAACGGAAUCUGAAGGAGAACAGGAACCUGAAGAAGAAGAAAUACCAGAAGGUGAACGAGAACAGGAACAAGAUAAUGAUGAUAAAGAUGACAACGGCAAUGCUGGUGAUGAUGAUAACAACGAUGUCGGGGAUAAUGAAGGUGAUGAAGGUAAUGACGAAGGUAACGGCGAUGAAGAAAACAAUGAUGAUGAAAAUGGUGACGAUGAAGAAGGUAGCAACGUUGAUAAUGACGUUGAAGAAGGUAAUGGUGAUGGAGAUAAUGACGACGAUGAUAGUGAAAACAAUACAGAUGAAGGCGUUCAGGACGAUGGAUCCGCGGAUGAAGAUACACCUUUGAAAAAACUUUUCAAAAAGUUAACUAGUGCAUUUGUUUAAAACGUUAGGCGCUUCAUUUCAAACGUAUCUCCUUUAGGAGAACUAACUUGAAAUUAACGUAGGUAGGUAAAUUAGAAAAUUAAUUAAUUUUUUAAAAUGUCUAUGAUUUAAGUGUUGUGAGUAGUAUUUCACUUUGUGCAAUUUUGUAAAUAGCUGACGUGAGUGUGUUGUAAUAUAAUAAAUUAUCAUUAUUUUA